AUGGACGACCCAACCACUCUUCCCGAGCUCAUCUCCACCUUCACCUACUGGAUCACCCACACAACCCAAAAGAUCCACCUCGCCUCCCACCGCGCGCAGAAGCUCUUCGAGGACACCAACAAGAUGCGCUACGACUACACCGUGGGCCGCCGCGCCCUCAUCCGCAGCGGCUUCGAUGUCUCAAGUACCCCGCUAGAUGCCAGCAUGAUUCUCAAUGAAGACCUAAGGCCAGAGCAGAUCGUGAUGCUACAGGCCUUGCUCAACCUGAGAGGUUUGGUCGAGCGCCGCGAGGUCAUUAGGAGCCAGGUGGAAAACCAGAUUAACGAUCUUGGCGUGAUCAGGGGGCGGUUGAUCAUGAUGUUGGAGGAGUUGAGGGAGAUGGAGGCGAGGAUUGGUGGGGAUGAGGUUGAUGAGGGUCGGCUUGCUCAUGCGGCUGGCGUCAUCGAUGCGGUUGAGAUCAUUGAUGCCAUGCAGAACGAGGCUGCGACGGAGAUUGAGACAGGUGUUCAACAGAAUUAA